AUGUCUAAAGAGGUCAAAGCCUGGGCCGCCACUUCCCCAGAGAAGACAGAACCUAUCAGUAUCACACGGCGCGCACCAGACGAUGAGGACGUCGCUAUCGAUAUCAAGUUCGCCGGGAUCUGCCACUCUGACAUUCACACAGUUCGCAGCGAAUGGGGCAGCACGGCAUAUCCUCUUGUUGUCGGACAUGAGAUCGCCGGAGUUGUCAAUGCCGUAGGCAAGAACGUUACCAAGUUCCAAGUCGGUGAUCACGUCGGAGUCGGUUGCAUGGUGAACAGUUGUCGCCAAUGCACCAAUUGCCAAGACGGCGAAGAGCAGUAUUGCCUUUCCGGUGCAGUCCUGACAUAUAACUCGAGAGAUCCCAAAGAUGGAACGAUCACGCAAGGGGGAUAUUCGCAGUACCUCGUGGUGGAUCAGGCUUUCGUGUUGCGUGUUCCGGAGACUAUUCCAUUGGACAAGGCGGCCCCGUUGAUGUGUGCAGGUAUCACUUUGUAUUCACCGCUACACCACUGGCAUGCCGGGCCUGGAAAGAGGGUGGGCAUCAUUGGAUUUGGUGGUCUAGGUCAUAUGGGCGUCAAGCUUGCGAAAGCACUAGGUUCUGAAGUGACCGUGUUUUCUCAAACAAACAGCAAAAAAGAGUUGGGACUACGGCUCGGAGCAGACAACUACGUCGCAACGAGCGAACCCGAUGUUUUUUCCAAGCUCAGUCGGAAGUUCGACCUUAUAAUCAAUACCGUUUCAGCUAAUAUCCCUCUCGAGCUGUACCUCUCAUGUCUCUGCCGUGAUGGUUCUUUGGUUCAAGUCGGGGCACCAGAGCAUCCUUUACAGAUCUCUCCAUUCAGCCUCGAUGCUCAGAGAGUUGGCAUUCAUGGGUCAAUGAUUGGUGGGAUUGCAGAGACGCAGCAGAUGUUAGAAUUUUGUGGAGAGAAACAGAUUUUCCCAGAGAUCGAAACCAUCCCUGCGUCGUAUAUUAAUGAGGCUUAUGAGAGAGUCAUGAAGUCUCAAGUCAAGUUUAGAUUUGUGAUUGAUGUCUCGACGAUGUAG